GACCAGGAUACCAGUCAAACUCGCCGCACAUUCUCGCAACCAUGUCAGAUCUCGAGAACGAGUCGCGAACAUCGGCAGUCGGUCGUAAGAGAAACGCGACUGGUAAGUACAAAGACUUUUCUUCACACAGCCGACAGACCAGCAUUUCAAGCAAGGAAUCUGGCGAAGUCUCGAGUUCAGAAGGCGGCGGCGGUGGCAACGACAGCGAUAUAGAGGAGAUCAGCGAGCGUCAAUAUAACAACAAACGUCGAAAGACGGAUGACGGAAGUGAGGACGGCGAAGUGGAAAGUGGCGACACUUCAUCAUCGAUGGACACUUCCGACAGCGACUCCGAGGAUUCGAGCUUCGAGAUGCCAGAAACCAAAGACGGCCCCACAAGAUUACAAGAACUAUCACAAGCCGAUCGCGAUGCUCAAGCAAAAUACUUCGACAUCACCAACCCCGGAAGUCUCGUGCGCUGUCUCUGCUGUGGCGAACUCGGACACAUGGCCGUCUCCUGUGCUGCCCGGACAUGCUCUCACUGCAAUCAACGAGAUGUCCACCAAUCGAGUGCCUGCCCAACAUACCGGAAGUGUGGCCUCUGCCGUGAGCGAGGCCAUGACGCUCGAGAGUGCAAAAAUCGCGCCUAUAUUGGCCCCGACCCGUGCGAUCUAUGCUCAGAAGCAGGCCACAUCGAAGAAGAAUGCCCGUACCUAUGGCGCAUCUCCACCAAACCAGCACCAGCCCAGCCGCGCUCGGGCUUUACAGCAAUCAACAACGGCGGCGGAGGAGGGCUGAACUACGACGACGAUGAGGAAACUCCGCCUCCUCCGCCCCCGCCAGAGCGUAGCCGUCCAUGGCAAUUGAUGGGGCUCUUCGAUGAUGGGAGGGAUUAGAAGUCCCCCCGAUGCGAGAGCCCAGGAGAUUACAUGGACGAGAAGUGGGUCCACGGAGCGUUCAAGCAAGCAUAGAUAGCAGCUUUUUCUCCGAAUGAAAUGUGGUUUUGAGGGC